UGGCGGCACGUCGGUGUGCGCUUCGCUGACGUUCCUCGGUCCGCUAGUCGCUCGCAGCGCUCCAGUAGCGCCGCACCAUCACUAGACUUUGAAUGUGUUGCGCCUAUUGCGUCAACCCAAUGUUUCACAUACGACAAUUCAUUAGUUUUCCAAGCAAGAAAACCGAGUGAAAUAAAUAUUCGUAUUCCGUAGUUGUUUAGUGAGAUUUGGCACAAGUGUUUGGUACGGGGAUUUUCAUUGGAUAUCGAACGUUAAGCGCCAUCGGCAACAAGGAGAGCCGAAGCAGCGGUGAUGCUGCAUCUCGCCAAGACCCUGAGGGAGACAAUGGUGCCAACGACAUGAACAGAGAGAACGUGUCCAACAAGAUAGCGGCCGGCAUGGACCGCUGGCAGAACACGUUAGAGGACAUGAUUAAUCUUAGAUCCUCGCAUAAUCAAGUGUUCAAAGAUAAUUACUGGGCGCAAAAUGGCUUUGACGAAUUGCGGCGAUAUGUAAAACAAGGUAGUGACUUCAGUAAAGAAUUAGCGGCAAUUUUACAAGAAAGGGUUGAAGCAGAAAAUUACUAUUCGAAAUGUUUAGCGAAACUUGGAACAAAACUAAGCAAGGCUUGCAAAGAGAGCGUCGGGUCAUGCGCCGAAGCGUGGAAGCAUGUCGCUUUGGAAAUGGAGAAACAAUCGGAAAUUCACAGGAAUUACUCAAAUUCUAUGGCAGAAGAACUUGUAAAACCAAUGAAAUGUAUCACCGAUAACCAAUUAAAACUUAGGAAAAAGAUCGAAGGUAAUGUGGAUAAAACUACGCGAGCCCUUACAGAAUGGAGAACAGUAGAAGCCAAAUCUAAGAAGCAAUCUCACGCUGCGGCAAGGGAAAAUGAAAAGUUACAGGAUGCUACACUGGAUAUGAGCAGAAUAUCACGCAGUUCAAGCGUGGGACACAUUCCACAUUCCAUCCUCAGCGCAGCAAGGGCAGAGCGGCUCACCAACUCAACGAGUGAAAAAGAUGCUGCAAAAUUACAAGUGAAAAAGAGAAAAACAGAAGACGCUGUUAAAAAGACUGAAGUGGAGUACUAUAAUGUUUGCGUUCAUGCAGAACGCUCCAGGUUAGAAUGGGAAUCGAGUGUGGUAAAGGGCGCCGGAAUGCUAGAAUCUCUUGAGGAAGAGAGAUUAGCCCAGUUGAAAAUAUUCGCGGAUUGUUAUUUAAAAUUAACAGCGGCAGUCCCUCCACAAUUAGCUGAUGCAACAAACGCCCUAAUUAAUCCAAUUACAAAUGCAAACUCCAACGUGGAUAUGCGAGUGGUUAGAGGAGUGCGAUCCGCUCCUGCGGGCGCGAGUGAACAGCUACUCCCAGACUUCUACUGCGAACAUACCACUCUUGCGAUGAACAGAGAAAGACGUAAACAGGCGUUAAUGAAGAUACUACAGCUAGUGAAACAGGAUAUAGACCGCGAAAGAAAAUCCAAACAAGGUCUAGAAAAGCUUUCCAUGGCUAUAAAACAAACGCCUACGUUCGGAAACGAUGAUUCACAGCAGAAUGUCGCUGACAAACUGUACCAUGUGAGAUCUAUGUUAACAUAUUUGGAAGCAGUAAGGUUCAAAAUUUCAACGAGUCUCAGUGAGCUAGACAACAGACCACCCGUGAAACAUCCGCUUGCGACUCACAUACAGAUCGUUAGAGACAAGCAGGGCCUGCAACAGAGUAUACUUAAAGUUCCACCGUGGUUACAAGCUGACUACCAAAGUGAAGUUAAUAAGAACCUACAGCCAAAUUACACGGCAUUAUCAAAGAGUAUAAAUGGGAAUGGUGAAGAACGAGAGAGGCGUGACUCCAUCAUGAGUAGAGCCUCGAGCAAACUUCGCAUAGAACAUUUAUCCUUUAGAAGAAAUCAUGACAACAAGAGCGCUCCAGUGACACCGGUGAUUCCGGACCUACCCACCAUACCUGCACCGCUGGUAAAAUCGCAGUCAAUUGAAGCACACGCUCCUCCGGAAAGUCCACUGGAUUGGAGUGAAAGAGGCGCUGGUGAUGGACUGUCUAAUCAGCAAGAUAGCGAUUUUGAUGAAUUCUCAUCUCAAAGCGAUAGCUCGACAGAUCUGACUGACAUCAUAAAAAAUGAAACUAAUGGAGCGCCCGAGCCGAACCCGUCUGUAGGAAAAUGUCGAGCCCUCUACACGUACGAGGCAAGGUUGAAUGACGAGCUCACCUUAACUCCUGGAGAUAUAAUAAAUAUUCACGACAAACAAGAGGAUGGCUGGUGGAGUGGAGACCUCAAUGGUUCCUACGGAAUUUUCCCGUCCUCUUAUGUGGAAGAGAUCACUACAUGCAUAUGAGUAUUAAGUUAUAUAUUUAGAUAAUACCUAUGAAUACGUUGAGAAGCAA